AUGUCGUCAAACUCGACAUCCACCAAGGUCGCACAGGCCGGGAUCUUGAGCGGCAAGAACCCGGCAACGUAUGACUCCAGCAACCCCAUAUUGAUCUUCAUCAUCCAGGCUGGUAUCAUCAUCAUUUUCUGCUGGCUUCUCCACUGGCCGCUGUCCAAGAUCCGCCAACCCCGCGUUAUCGCAGAAGUCAUCGGAGGCAUUCUCCUAGGCCCGUCGGUUUUUGGCCAUAUACCCAAUUUUACCAACACGAUCUUCCCAACAGCUUCAAUUCCAACUUUGAAUGCAGUCGCCAAUUUGGGACUGGUAUUCUUCCUGUUUCUGGUUGGUCUCGAAACUGACGUGCGCAUUCUGGUGAGCAACUGGAGGAUCGCCGCCAGUGUGUCACUGCUGGGCAUGAUCUUGCCUUUUGGAUUAGGUUGUGCCAUUUCGUAUGGCUUAUAUCAUGAAUUCAGCAGUGAUCCAGGCACUGUGGCUGUCGACUUUGGAACCUUCCUGCUCUUCGUUGGUGUGGCUAUGGCCAUUACCGCUUUCCCAGUUCUUUGCCGUAUAUUGACCGAAUUGAAGCUGUUGAAUACGAAUGUCGGUGUCAUUGUCCUAUCAGCAGGUGUCGGAAAUGAUGUAACUGGCUGGAUUUUGCUCGCCCUUUGCAUAGCCCUUGUGAAUGCCAGUAGCGGUAUCACGGCGCUAUACGUAUUGCUAGUUGCCGUCGGCUAUAUAUUGUUUCUCUUCUUCGUGGUCCGACCUAUUUUCGUACGAUACUUGCGCAAAACCGGCAGCCUCGAAAAAGGCCCGAGCCAGUCGGCCGUGACAGUAACGCUGUUGCUAGUCCUGGCUUCUGCCUUCUUCACCCAAGCCAUUGGAAUUCAUGCUAUUUUCGGUGGAUUCAUCAUCGGGUUGAUCUGCCCACAUGAGAAAGGGUUUGCUAUCAAAUUAACGGAGAAGAUUGAGGAUCUCGUGGCAGCUGUCUUUUUGCCAUUAUAUUUUGCUCUUUCCGGUCUUCAAACAAAUUUGGGUCUUUUGGAUUCUGGCAUUGUGUGGGGUUAUGUCGUCGGAAUCAUUGCCAUCGCCUUCUUUGCAAAGAUCAUUGGAGGAACAGUGGCCUCCAAACUAACUGGCCUUUUAUGGCGAGAAAGUUUUACAGUAGGUGUGUUGAUGAGUUGCAAGGGUCUUGUAGAACUUAUUGUUUUGAAUAUUGGCCGACAAGCCAAGAUUCUUAGCGAACGUACUUUCACUAUGUUUGUCGUCAUGGCUUUAGUGACUACGUUUAUGACCACGCCUCUCACAUUGGCCUUGUAUCCUAAAUGGUACCAAGACAAGGUUGCCCGUUGGAGAAGAGGUGAAAUUGACUGGGAUGGCAAUGUGCGAGACCAGACUACAACAACUUCAUCUAACGAAGUUCUCGAGAAGCCGACCGCAAAGCCGAUUGAACGGAUGACUGUCUACCUGAGGCUUGACAGUGUUGCAAACGUGUGCAGCUUUAUCGGACUUCUCGGCACCGACGGUAAACCACGCGAGAGUGCUCCACGCGAACACUAUUCGAAACGAGUAGCAGGCACCGCAGCCGAAUCAUCCAUUGAGGAUCAGCCCAUUGAAGAGGCCGAGAAAAAGCCACUUUUGCAUGCCCAUGGAAUCCGUCUUAUGGAACUUACAGACCGUUUGUCAAGUACGAUGAAAGUCUCCGAGAUUGAAGAGUAUUCUUCCUGGGACCCAGUUGUGAAUGUUUUCAGAUCGUUCGGUCAGAUCAAUAACAUCCCCUCAGAAGGACGCGUUUCAGUCAUACCUGAAAGCUCCUUUGCCGAUGCAGUACUCGACAUGGCUCGCGAUACUAGCUCGAAUUUCCUUUUGCUGCCAUGGAGCGCUAGUGGCCGUAUGAUCGAUCGUCAGAGUGUGUGGUCCUCGGAGAGUGCAUCAGACAAUACAAACGCACCUUACCCAUCAUUCGUGUCUGAUGUUUUGCGUGGCGUCAAUUCGUUCUCAAACGUGUCUGUGGGUAUCCUCGUUGAUCGAGCCUUGGACAUGCCAAGUCAGGAACGUCACACGCUUCACCGCGCCAACAGCACGCUAUCUCUUCCCAACAUUCGUACCAAUCUUGCUUCUUUGACUGCUGGAAACCGUAACCAGCAUAUCCUGUUCUUGUACAUUGGCGGUCCAGAUGACCGUUUUGCGCUCCGUCUCGUCCUCCAACUCGCGCACAAUCACCUGGUCACAGCAACGAUUGUUCAUAUCGACGUGCCGAAGACCGGAACAGAGGCAAACGAAGCAGAUAAUGACAAAACAUUCUUCGCCUCUAUGCGUGAUUCAUUGUCAUCCGAACUCUCGUCUCGCGUCAUAUUCAGCACAGUCGUUUCAACAGCCACGAAUGGCGACGCGGUCAAACUUGCUGUCGAAGCCGCCGAUAACGAAGCUAGCCAAGCACGCGGCGAGACAAACCAGAUUAUUGUAGUCGGCCGUCGAAGUGUGGGAACGGGAUCGUCGUCGUCGACUGAGUCAAGUGAUGGACCUGAUGCACGGUCAGUGCUGGGUGCUGUAGGUGAUGCGCUUGUGCGCAAGGAGUCUAGGGCUAGUGUUUUGGUUGUUCAAGCGACCGGGGCUUAUUAG